AAGAGGAAGGGGAGGGGCUUUUGUGUUGUGACAACCAACUGUCACCUGGCUGGUGGUGGAGCGCGACGUUUCGGUGGAAAAUAAAAUAAAAAAUCCCACCAAAUCAAAAUAAGCGAACAGGUGUCUACCGUUGUGCGGGUAUUGUAACGAGCGUUUGCCUUUGUUUUCAGCCGGCCGAGAGCGCCAGCGAUAACGUGCGCAGUAAGUUGUUGAUGUUGAUUGAAUAAUCACGCGGAGAGAUCACCACGGAAGCGAUGAGCGAAAAACCGAAAGAACCAGCGCCCGGAGACGGCAUCCGUUCUAUGCGCAUGACCAACGUUUUCCGGGCCAUCAACUUUGAACUGUACGCAAAGCCCAAUGUCGUCGUAAUGGGAAUAGGCGUUGUUUGUCUCGGCAUCACAUUCGGUUACAUCGCCUACAUGCGAUCCAAGUACGAAGGGUUAGGCUACUACACGGCAGUGCAGGAAGACGGGAAGGAAGUGUUCGUAAAGCGGAAAUCGAAAUGGGAAUAAACCCCCGGGCGUUCGGUUUUCUUGCAAA